CAUAGUGAGGAGGCGGAACUAAUGCACUAGGCCAUCAGUAGUGACUGCUAGUGCCUGAUGGCUGCUCCACCCAGUACUGUAAAUUCAAAAACUCUCUUCGUUUACCUCACUAUAUCUUACUGAGAUAUCUCACACUCUCCUAGACGGUCUGUGGCUGUGAGUUUUGCUUUUCUUUUCUUUCUGUAGUGAACUUUUAAAGCAUUACCACAACUCAAACUGUCUCGCGCUCGAGGCGGAGCGUGCUCACAGAGCGAGAGAGAGAGAGAGAGAGAGAGAGAGGUGGGCUCGCGCGAGCAAACUUUUUAACAGGACAUAUGAGGCUUCACCGCUCAGCUGGACCCAAACAGGCAUCAUGACACGGCACUCGUUAAGAAUACUACUUCCUGCGACUGUCCUGAGGCUGUGUCUGCUUAUUCAGAGCAUAAUUGCUACAGGAGGGGAAAGUACAGGUACAGAGCCAAAUGCUGUCACCAGUCUCACUGUCUCUAACAAAACCACAUCAUCUGUGUAUCUAACCUGGAAUGAGCCAAAUGGGAGCAGGUCCUACUUUACAGUAAAUUGGACUGAUGGCAGUGUGAAUAACAGCAAGAACGCUUCAGACACGUCUUACACUGUCACUGGUCUGACUGCUGGAGUGAAAUACACAUUCACUGUUACUGCAGUUGCUGCAGAUGGACAAACUGUAGGAGCACCAGCUCAAACCUCAACAUUCACAAAGCCAGAUGCUGUCACCAGUCUCACUGUCUCUAACAAAACCACAUCAUCUGUGUAUCUAACCUGGAAUGUGCCACCUGGAACCAAGUACAACUUUACAGUAAAUUGGACCGAUGGCAGUGUGAAUAACAGCAGGAACACUUCAAACACGUCUUACACUGUCACUGAUCUGACUGCUGGAGUGAAAUACACAUUCACUGUUACUGCAGUUGCUGCAGAUAACCAAACUACAGGAGCCCCAACUCAAAUCUCAGCAUUCACAAAGCCAGAUUCUGUCAUCAAUCUCACUGCCUCUACCAAAACCACAUCAUCUGUGUCUCUAACCUGGAAUGAGCCACAUGGGAACUGGUCCUACUUUACAGUAAAAUGGACUGAUGGCAGUGUGAAUAACAGCAGGAACACUUCAAACACGUCUUACACUGUCACUGGUCUGACUGCUGGAGUGAGCUACACAUUCACUGUUACUGCAGUUGCUGCAGAUGGUGAAACUAGAGGAGAACCAACUCAAACCUCAGCAUUCACAAAGCCAGAUGCUGUCACCAGUCUCACUGUCUCUAACAAAACCACAUCAUCUGUGUCUCUAACCUGGAAUGAGCCACAUGGGAGCUGGUCCUUCUUUAUAGUAAAUGGCAGUGUGAAUAACGGCAAGAACACGUCUUACACUGUCACUGGUCUGACUGCUGGAGUGAGCUACACAUUCACUGUUACUGCAGUUGCUGCAGAUAACCAAACUGAAGGAGCACCAGCUCAAACCGCAACAUUCACAAAGCCAAAUGCUGUCACCAGUCUCACUCUCUCUAACAAAACCACAUCAUCUGUGUCUCUAAACUGGAAUGAGCCAAAUGGGAGCAGGUCCUACUUUACAGUAAAAUGGACUGAUGGCAGUGUGAAUAACAGCAAGAACGCUUCAGACACGUCUUACACUGUCACUAGUCUGACUGCUGGAGUGAGCUACACAUUCACUGUUACUGCAGUUGCUGCAGAUAAACAAACUGCAGGAGCACCAGCUCAAACCUCAACAUUCACAAAGCCAGGUGUUGUUGCCAAUCUCACUGUCUCUAACAAAACCACAUCAUCUGUGUCUAUAACUUGGAAUGAGCCAAAUGGGAACAGGUCCUACUUUACAGUAAAAUGGACUGAUGGCAGUGUGAAUAACAGCAGGAACACUUCAGACACGUCUUACAAUGUCUCUGGUCUGACUGCUGGAGUGAACUACACAUUCACUGUUACUGCAGUUGCUGCAGAUAACCAAACUGCAGGAGCACCAGCUCAAAUCUCAGCAUUCACAAGUCCAGAUGGUGACAUCAACCUCACUGUCUCUAACAAAACCACAUCAUCUGUGUCUCUAACCUGGAAUGAGCCACGUGGGAACAGGUCCUACUUUACAGUAAAAUGGACUGAUGGCAGUGUGAAUAACAGCAGGAACACUUCAGACACGUCUUACAAUGUCACUGGUCUGACUGCUGGAGUGAAAUACACAUUCACUGUUACUGCAGUUGCUGCAGAUGGACAAACUGCAGAAGCCCCAACUCCAAUCUCAGCAUUCACAAAGCCCAAUGCUGUCACCAACCUCACUGUCUCUACCAAAACCACAUCAUCUGUGUCUCUAACUUGGAAUGAGCCAAAUGGGAGCCGGUCCCACUUUACAGUAAAAUGGACUGAUGGCAGUGUGAAUAACAGCAGGAACACUUCAGACACGUCUUACACUGUCACUGGUCUGACUGCUGGAGUGAACUACACAUUCUCUGUUACUGCAGUUGCUGCAGAUAACCAAACUACAGGAGCACCAACUCAAACCUCAGCAUUCACAAAGCCCAAUGCUGUCACCAAUCUCACUGCCUCUACCAAAACCACAUCAUUUUUGUCUCUAACCUGGAAUGAGCCACAUGGGAACUGGUCCCACUUUACAGUAAAAUGGACUGAUGGCAGUGUGAAUAACAACAGUACCACUUCAAACACAUUGUACACUGUCAUUGGUCUGACUGCUGGAGUGAACUACACAUUCACUGUUACUGCAGUUGCUGCAGAUGGUGAAACUAGAGGAGAACCAACUCAGAUCUCAGCAUUCACAAAUCCCGAUGUUGUGACCAAUCUCACUGUGUCUAUCAAAACCACAUCAUUCGUGUCUCUAACCUGGAAUGAGCCAAAUGGGAACUGGUCCUUCUUUACAGUAAAAUGGACUGAUGGCAGUGUGAAUAACAGCAGUACCACUUCAAACACGUCUUACACUGUCACUGGUCUGACUGCUGGAGUGAACUACACAUUCACUGUUACUGCAGUUGCUGCAGAUGGACAGACUGAAGGAGCACCAGCUCAAACUUCAGCAUUCACAAAUCCAGGUGUUGUCAAGAAUCUCACUGUCUCUAACAAAACCACAUCAUCUGUAUCUCUAACCUGGAAUGAGCCAAGUGGGAACUGGUCCUACUUUACAGUAAAAUGGACUGAUGGUAACAGCAGGAACACUUCAGACACGUCUUACAAUGUCACUGGUCUGACUGCUGGAGUGAACUACACAUUCACUGUUACUGCAGUUGCUGCAGAUAACCAAACUGCAGGGGCUCCAACUCCAAUCUCAGUGUUCACAAAACCAAAUGUUGUCAGCAAUCUCGCUGUCUCUACCAAAACCACAUCAUCUGUGUCUCUUACCUGGGAUGUGCCAAAUGGAGCCAGGUCCUACUUUAUAGUAAACUGGACUGAAGGCAGUGUGAAUAACAGCAGUACCACUUCAAACACGUCUUACACUGUCACUGGUCUGACUGCUGGAGUGAACUACACAUUCACUGUUACUGCAGUUGCUGCAGAUGGUGAAACUAGAGGAGAACCAACUCAGAUCUCAGCAUUCACAAAGCCUGACACUGUUAGCAAUCUCACAGUAGUUAAUGUUACAACCUCCUCUAUAUUACUGAACUGGACUGAGGCAAUGGGGAAAAUCUCCCAUUAUGUAAUCCAAUAUGAGAAUUUCAGUACGCCAAUCAAUGAGACUACUGAACGCACCAUGAUUGACAUAACUAAUCUGACUCCUGGAGUGCAGUACAUGUUCAAAGUGUUUGCAGUUGCUGCAGAUAAUAAAACAGAAGGAAAUUACAUCUGCAUUUCUGCCUACACAAAACCUGAUGUUGCUAGUGACCUGAUUGUGAUUGAAAUUACAACAAGCUCAUUGUUUCUGAACUGGACUGAACCAAGAGGAGAAAGAGCUUUCUUUAAAGUACAGUGGAGCAAUGACAGCAUCAGUUUGAAUUCAGCAACCUCAAACAAUUUCUUUAACAUUACUAAUCUCCAUCCUGGAGUCAAUUACACCAUCCUGAUAUCUGCUGUUGCUGCAGAUAAUAUAACAGAAGGAGAAGCAAUUGGUGUUUCAGUCUAUACAAAGCCUGACACUGUUAGCAAUCUCACAGUAGCUAAUGUAACAACCUCCUCUAUAUUACUGAACUGGACUGAGGCAAUGGGGAAAAUCUCCCAUUAUGUAAUCCAAUAUGAGAAUUUCAGUACGCCAAUCAAUGAGACUACUGAACGCACCAUGAUUGACAUAACUAAUCUGACUCCUGGAGUGCAGUACAUGUUCAAAGUGUUUGCAGUUGCUGCAGAUAAUAAAACAGAAGGAAAUUACAUCUGCGUUUCUGCCUACACAAAACCUGAUGUUGCUAGUGACCUGAUUGUGAUUGAAAUUACAACAAGCUCAUUGUUUCUGAAUUGGACUAAACCAAGAGGAGAAAGAGCUUUCUUUAAAGUACAGUGGAGCAAUGACAGCAUCAGUUUGAAUUCAACAACCUCAAACAAUUUCUUUGACAUUACUAAUCUCCAUCCUGGAGUCAAUUACACCAUCCUGAUAUCUGCUGUUGCUGCAGAUGAUAAAACAGAAGGAGAAGCAAUUGGUGUUUCAGUCUAUACAAAGCCUGACACUGUUAGCAAUCUCACAGUAGUUAAUGUUACAACCUCCUCUAUAUUACUGAACUGGACUGAGGCAAUGGGGAAAAUCUCCUAUUAUGUAAUCCAAUAUGAGAAUUUCAGUACGCCAAUCAAUGAGACUACUGAACGCACCAUGAUUGACAUAACUAAUCUGACUCCUGGAGUGCAGUACAUGUUCAAAGUGUUUGCAGUUGCUGCAGAUAAUAAAACAGAAGGAAAUUACAUCUGCGUUUCUGCCUACACAAAACCUGAUGUUGCUAGUGACCUGAUUGUGAUUGAAAUUACAACAAGCUCAUUGUUUCUGAACUGGACUGAACCAAGAGGAGAAAGAGCUUUCUUUAAAGUACAGUGGAGCAAUGACAGCAUCAGUUUGAAUUCAGCAACCUCAAACAAUUUCUUUGACAUUACUAAUCUCCAUCCUGGAGUCAAUUACACCAUCCUGAUAUCUGCUGUUGCUGCAGAUAAUAUAACAGAAGGAGAAGCACUUGGUGUUUCAGUCUAUACAAAGCCUGACACUGUUAGCAAUCUCACAGUAGUUAAUGUAACAACCUCCUCUAUAUUACUGAACUGGACUGAGGCAAUGGGGAAAAUCUCCUAUUAUGUAAUCCAAUAUGAGAAUUUCAGUACGCCAAUCAAUGAGACUACUGAUCGCACCAUGAUUGACAUAACUAAUCUGACUCCUGGAGUGCAGUACAUGUUCAAAGUGUUUGCAGUUGCUGCCGAUAAUACAACAGAAGGAAAUUAUAGCUGCAUUUCUGCCUACACAAAUCCAGACAUCGUCAGGAAUCUCGCAGCCUCUGAAGUCACAACAACAUCUGUAUUUCUGGACUGGGCUAAACCAUUAGGGGAGAGCUCUUUCUUUAGAGUGACUUGGAUAAAGAGCAGUACAGUAUCUCCUGCAACUGCCUUUAACAUCACUGAUCUAGACCCUGGAACAAAUUACACAUUUACAGUGUCAGCUGUUGCUGCUGAUAAUAAAACAGAAGGGAGGUCUGUUGGCCUUUCCACUUGCACAGGUGCAAGUCCUGUCUUUGACAUAAUCUGUGAAGGACCAAAUCGCACUGCAAACGCUUUGCUGAACUUCACAUGGAUGAAUCCUCUGGGCAAAAACCAAGGAUUCAGCAUCAGUCUCAAUCAAACACUCAGUGCCUUCAUUCCAUCUUGCAAUCCUGUCUGUAACCACAUUUUUUCUGAAAACCUCCUAUACUUCAGCACUUACAGUGUGAUUAUUUCAACCCAUGGAUGUGGUGAAAAUGGCACACGGAACUUUACGUGCAGAACAGGCAUCACAGAGCCACCAGUUCCCAGUAAGCCAGAAGAUGUAGUAAUAGAAGUCAAUCCAAUCAGUCAGAAUGUAGUAAAUCUACAAUUCAGUGCCAGUCUUCUGAAUGGUACUAAUGGACCAAUUGAAGCCUAUGGUGUUCUGCUGUCAACUGACCAACAAAGUAACAUCUCCAGGAAUGACCUAACAAGAACCUAUAAUGAUUGGGAAGAGGAGAAAACCAAGACUUAUCUCACUGUUUUAAAAUUAAAUGACAAUACAAUUACCAGAAGCAACAUGAUUAUGAUUAAAAUUGGAAAUAACAAUGACUCAGAUGUAAUCAGUAAUACAGCUUAUAAAAACGGACCUCUGACUAAUCAGGACUACAGGGUAGCCUUGGUUUUGUUCACAUACCUGGAAAUCAAAGACAGACUUGUGGACGUCCAGCAAUCAAUCUUCUCUGAAACACCUUUUGCCAAGAGUACUGUAAAACCAUUGGACCCCACAACAAACACUCUUGCAAUUCUUUUGGGGGUGCUGUUGCCUAUCAUUGUUCUCUUGAUCAUCACCAUCAUUGUCCUCGUCAUACAGAAAAGACGAAUAGCAAAGGACUACACAGACAUUCCUGUCAACAACUUAAGGAAUUCUAUGAAUAAUCAAGCUAACAUUGUUUCUCUCUUUCUUUAUUUUCACAGAAGUAAAAUUAGCAUUCCUGUGAGGGUGGAGGAUUUUGAGGCAUAUUUCAAAAAGCAGCAGUUGGAUUCCAAUUGUGGCUUUGCUGAACAGUAUGAGGAUCUUAAGGCUGUUGGAACAGCGCAGACCAAGAAUAGCGCCCUUGCCAUGGAGAACAAGGGGAAGAAUCGCUAUAAUAACGUACUACCUUAUGAUUCUUCAAGAGUUAAAUUAUCAAUACAUGGCAGCCCUUUUGAUGACUACAUCAAUGCAAACUAUAUUUCAGGUUACAACUCUAAGAAGGCGUACAUAGCAGCUCAGGGCCCACUACCAGCUACUGUGAAUGAGUUCUGGAGAAUGAUCUGGGAAAAGCACGCUCAUACCAUAGUCAUGCUGACCAAGUGCUAUGAGCAAGGACGUGUUAAAUGUGAGAAAUACUGGCCACCGGAAAACAAGCUGUACAACAAUAUCCUUGUGACAACAUCAUCAGAAAUUGAACUGGAAGACUGGACUAUAAGGGACUUCACCAUCAAGAAUGUGAAAACAGCAGAGACACGGAAUGUUCGUCAAUUCCAUUUCACGGCCUGGCCCGAUCACGGCGUGCCAGAGACCACGGAGGUGCUCAUUAACUUCCGACACCUGGUCAGAGAGCACAUGGACAGCUUCUCCCGCAACGCUCCUGCCGUGGUGCACUGCAGUGCUGGUGUGGGGAGGACCGGGACUUUCAUUGCCCUCGAUCACCUGAUCUUUCAGAUUGAGAGGGAAAACAUGGUAGACAUUUAUGGAAUUAUCCAUGACAUGCGCAUGCACAGACCACUGAUGGUUCAGACUGAGGACCAGUACGUGUUCUUGAAUCAGUGUGCUUCUGACAUAAUCAAAUCAAGAAUUGGAACCAAUGUGGACCUAAUUUACCAGAAUGCAGCAGCGUUCUCUAUCUAUGAGAAUGUGCAAAGAUGAAGAAUGAAGGCAUUAAGCAGAAAUGGAUUUCAGGUGUCAUUUAGCUUGGGAUCAGAACGGCAGGGAAAUUUUUAGGAUUUUGUAAAAUCUGCGUGAACCAUUUCAUUAUUUACCUGGCUUUUCACUGACAAAUAUUUUUAUGAAGUAUGCUUUAACUUAAGAUAUAUAUGAAAAUUUGCAUAGUUAAUACACAUGGAGCCUUAAUGUCAUGUGAAAUUGAAUUUUGGACUUGAUUUUUUUCUAUUUCAGUACUUCCACACUUUUUACAUACUGUAAACAUUUUAUGUGAACUCGGUAAUCACACUGGAUAGAUGGUUUCUUCAAUUAUAAAAUGUAUUUGUCUGUGACAGUCUUGUGGCUUUUGCUCACUGUAUCACUGCAGAAUGAUUUAUGUUUUGUUGUAGAAGAUCAGUAGCAAUGCAGAUAUGCUGGUCAGAGACAGACAGCUGCAGUAUAGUCACCAUUCCAAGGGACAUUAUGGCAGUAAAGAUCUGCAGAUAGUUUCAUUUGAAACCAUACCAAAGGGUUCUAAUGUUAUAACUUAUAAUUAACAGAUAAUCACUGGAUAACAAAUUUGUAGAAUAAUGUACGAGUAUAUAUGAAGUAUUCUAGAUGUAAGAGAAACACGCUAAAGCACUGAAUAAUUUUAAGUUAAAAGCAAUAUGCGUGUUAUUGAAGUCAUCAUGUCUUCAAAUAGUGUUGUUUUUUGUCCAAUGUGGGGGGGGUGGACUUGGUUGGAUUUCUAGUUUUGAAAGAUCUCAGCUCUCCAACUCAUGCCAUAAUUAGAGAUACUGUAUAUCCGAUAGGUACCCAAGGUUAUUGGGUAUCCGUGAUAUACAUCUCUUUUUUUAGAAUCAGACAGAAUAAUGAUUUAGCCCACAAAUUAGCUCAAAAGGUGUCUAGGAAGGGUGUGAGUCAGAGGAAUCAUGUAGUCAUGUCUCUGCACAUGAAAAUAAUGUAAAUAAACAGGAAGUGUUUUAUACCCUGACACUGUUGUAUGUUCAGACUGCACAUACUGAUGGAUAUACGCUAAAUAUUAGAUAAUUAAUUCAACACAUUAGGUGAAUUCAUUCAACAGAACUAAUGUUCAAACAUGGGCCCAUAAAAAAAAAAAAAAAAAAAAAAAAUCCACCAAGAACUUCAUCAUGAAAAACACAGGGGGUGCUCUUUAGUUGCUUGAAGGGAAAACUUGAGCAUGCACUAAUCUGUACACUGUACACUUGUGUAUUUUGCUGGAGUGUCAGACUAUAGAGAUGGACAAAUUUGUACUGAUAAGGAUAUAAAAUGAAUUAGCACAGAAUGUUCUUUCUCUGUUAAUGUAGGAUCAAACAUUAAUGACUGUUUUUUUUUUUUUUUACCGGAACUGUAAUGAAAAGGUACUGCAAUCAAACAGUUCAUAUGUUCUUUUGUGUAAGUUAUUUUUGUUCAGCACUGAUGCAUUUGCAUUUUUUUAAUUGUCUAUAUAUUUAUAUAUAUAUUUCUUUUAAAAGGCUCUGUUAAUGAGCCUGUGAUGGCUGAAUGCUUUCUCUACUGUUGUAAGAUUUAAUCAGGCUUGUGCAAUAUUUUGUUAUUUUAUAUAUACAUAUAUGUAGCUUUCUACUAGAUGUAUAUUUUUAAAUCCUAUGAGAGUUUUAUUAAAUUAAAGAUGUUUAGUUUUGCAAUGCAGGUUUUUAUUAUUCACAUAGAAACAUUGUAAUUGUUUUAUCUAAAUCAUACUUUCUUUGUUUUUUUCUGCCAAAGAUAUUCUGAUAAUUGAUAUCUGUGAUUUAAAAAAAAAGUUGCAAUAAAUACGGUAAACAUG